UAGAAUCUUGAAGGAGUUUGAAGGGAACACUCAUUUGUGGUGCUUCACGAGGACCACCUUGCCUACGCCUCCACUGGUUCCGCCAUAGCCGCCAUAUCCUCCGUAACCACCAAGGCCACCGUAGCCACCGUAACCACCGUAGCCACCGUAGCCACCGUAUCCACCGCCUAGACCUCCAUAGCCGGUGCCGGCGUAGGUGACGCCGCCUCCGAAUCCUCCUAGACCACCGCCGAGACCAGCACCUCCGGCACCGGCGCCUCCGCCGACACCCCCGAGACCAGAGUGGGCAACUACGGCUCCGCCGCCAUGAACUUGAGAAACGUGGUGCACCGUGCGGACGAGAAAGGCCGGUCCAGCGACGGACUUUCCAGCCCCCGCUCUGCCGCCGUUCAGCAGGACUACGCUGCUUCCGACACCGACGUUGCCAGCACCUCCACCGAUGCCUCCAACUCCAAGACCUCCGACACCUACGCCACCUCCGAGACUUCCGCCAUAGCCUCCACCGUAGCCUCCGAGACCACCGUCACUGAUGUAUCCACCACCAAGACCACCACCCAGGCCACCCCGCUGCCUCCGAUGAAGCCGCCAAAGGCACUGGCGACCAUGACACUCAGUAGAAGAGUGCAGAGCAAGGCGUUCAUGGUGAAUACUCGUCGACUACUCGGGGCACAAGCGAGCAACGACCUGUGGAGGAUGUGUGGUCUGCGCCGUGGCAAGCCGGACUUUUAUACUCGACCCGCACGCACAGCUUCCCGCUGUGUCCUUGCGACGUCACAAGGGGAGGGUCUAUAA